AGACCGAAAGCGUCGCGAAACGCCUCUAAAAAAUUCGUGCGGCGGCAAAGUGCAAAAAAAAAAGGAUUCCUCCUACAUCCUAUAUAUCCUUUAUGCGAUAUAUAUAUCCUUGGUGCGAGCUCUUAGUUUUGUGUGUGAUUUUUAAGCCUUUUUCUUAGAUCUAAUUCGCAGCUCUAAAUAUUUGGAAUAUAAACACUUUUUGGAUACCAGAAAAAUUAAUUGAGAGUUCUAAACAAAAGUGAAGAUGCCUUACCACCGACUGAGUAUUCUAGGACUGCUCUCCUUGACGCUCCUCUCCCUGGCUGCUGCCGAUGUGGGCUAUCAUUACCAGCGACCCACGAGACCCACAGCUCCUUCAGCUCCCUCAGCUCCUUCGGGACCAGGCUCCAUUUACACUGGCCACCAGUUUAGUGCCUUGCCCACGAUCCAUCCACUGCCACCAAUACCAGCUCUGCCGCCUUUGCCCACCGCCAGGGUACCCUUGCCCAGAAGUCGUCCCACUGCACCCGCUGCCAGUUUUGUCAGUCGCUAUUUGCCACCCACAUCAGCACCAGUGGUGUCCACAUAUAUACCACCAGCGGUGGUUGCUCCCAUCUCCUCGAUUAGCUUCCAUGGAACGCCGACUCUGAAACCCGUUUAUGGACCACCUCAACCUUUAAGGAUCUCUUCGCCAGUGCCUACGUUGUCCACACCCAUUGUGGUGCCACCCACUGGACCUGCUCCUCUGGCGGCGGGUGGAAACCUAAGAAUACCCUUUGGCAAGCAGGCACUGAUCUCUCCCGGAGAGUCCUAUGUGUCCAAUGGCAGGCAGCUGAAGCAAUACGCCGUCAUUGAGAUCAUAGACAACGACAUAGACGAGACUCCGGCUCCAUUCCUGUCGGGUUCCAGCUUCUUUGAUCGUUUUGGAGCCCAUGUGGGUGCUCCGGCGGCCAAUGGCAUUCAGUUAGAUUCCCGAGCAAACGCUUUAUUGUUGGAGCAACAGCAGCUGGCCAUUCAGCCGAGAUCUCAGGGAGGAUCAUCGCAAGGCGGAGAUGCCAUAGCCUUGGGGUCAGGAGGAUUGGGCUUUGUGCGUUUGGCCAAUGGCAAUGUGUACCUGGGCUCGGGUUCUCUGGGCUACAUCAGUGGUCAACAGCGGGUGGCCUCCGUUUUGGAUGCUCGCACUCGUUCAGAGUCCACCUCGGAUGCCCUGCACUUUGGUCAUGGUCCUCUGGGCGGAGCGGAUAACCUGCUGAGGUUCAAGUAGUAGAGAGGCUAUCGAUCGACCUAUCCUAUCCACACUCUACACUCUCUCACUCAUUCGCUCAUCUAUCUAUAAAGAAAUAUAAAUAAAUAUUGUAAAUAUUUGUAAUUAAACACACGCCUUCUUUUGUCUUAGAUUGUAAGAUUGCUUUCGAUAUUUAGAGAUUCUUGUACAUUUGUCCUAUGCGAAACAACGAAACUUGAUCAAAUAAACUUAU